AUGAAAGAAAUUUUACCAGCACUUUUCAAGGCUAUUGAAGGAUCAAGGAUUUCUAGCAUUGUACUCCUUGAAAAUUAUGCAGAAUUAAGAUGGUGCUUGAAUGACCUAUUGAAGAUCCUUGAUUGUAAAGAAGCGAUGAAACAAAUUGUUCUACCAAUUUUUUAUGAUGUAGAUCCACUGGAAAUACGGCAUCAAAAAGGAGAUUUUGGAGAAUCCUUUGAUUGUCUUGGAGAUAAGCUCAUUGAUAACGUAAAGAUGCUGAAGUGGAAGGCAGCUUUAGAAGAAGUAGCCAACUUGUCUGGGUUCGAAUUAGGGAAUAGCUACUUCCUAUGA